AUGAAAUUAAAAGUAUUUUUUUUAAUAUUUAUUUUAUUUUUAGUAAAAGAUAAUAACUUUGUAAAAUCAGAAUAUAACGAAAUAAAAUCAAAUAUAAAAUCAAAUAAUGAUAAACCAAUUUUAAAAUUUAAAAGUGAUAAAACUUUUAAAAUAAUACAAUUUACAGAUUUACAUUAUGGAUAUGGUGGUUAUUACGAUACAAUGACAUUGGAUAGUCAGAUAUCAAUUUUAGAAAAAGAAAAACCAGAUUUUGUUAUGUUUUCUGGUGAUAUGAUAUCAGGAAAUUUACUACAUUUUAAUCAAACUAAAAUAUAUGAAUAUUAUUGGGAUUUAUUUACAGGACCAUUGGUGGAAAGAAAGAUACCAUGGGCAAUAACCAUGGGAAAUCACGAUGCAGAGGGAUUGUUAAAGGUAGAUGAUUUAAUAGAAAUGGAUCAAAGCUUCGAAUAUAGUUUAACAAAACGUGGCCCUAGGAAUAUACCCGGCGCAGCAAAUUAUCAUUUAAAAAUUUAUUCAUCCAAUAGCACAAGAAAUCGACACGAUAAUAAUAGCGAUAUUCAUCAGGAAGAGGAGCAAUUCAGCAACAAUGGAAAUAAGGAGAAUGUGGAUGUAUCAUCAUUUAUUUAUAUAUUCGACAGUGAUUCAAAGAAAUGCGAUAGAUUAGAUUGGGGGUGUAUUAAUAAUGGCCAGGUUCAAUGGUUUAAAAAUAUUUCAAACUUCAAUCAAAAAAAAAAUUCAAUAUCAUUUGUGCAUGUACCACCCAUCGAGGUUAUAGACCUCUGGAACAACCAUGAUGAAAUCGAAGGUUCAUUUGAUGAGCCAUCGUGUUGUUUUGAUGAUGGAAAUUCACAUUUUGUUAGAGCAUUAUUGGAUCAAGGUGACAUCAGAGGACUUUAUUUUGGGCAUGAUCAUAAAAACGACUUUCAUGGUAACUAUAAAGGAAUGGAUAUGGGAUAUGGAAGAAAAUCAGGAUUUGGUUCGUAUUCUUCCAAGAAACCUUUAGGUGCAAGAAUCAUCCAAUUAAAUGAAGAUCAACAAGGCAAAAAUUUUAUAAAAACUUGGAUCACAGAAUCAAAUGGCGAGGUCUUUAUUCAGAAGAAACCUUUAAAAAAAAAACAUUAUAGACAUAGAUGUAUUUUAAAAAAAAGUAAAUAUCAUAUUUCUAUUUUUUAUUUUUUUUUUUAUUUUUUUUUUUUUUAUCAUUUUUACUAA